CAACUGGCGGCGGCCGAGCUUCCAGCUUCCGAGGAGGAAGCGCCCGCUUCUCGGCGAAGGGAGCAAGGCCACGCGGCCUACGUGGCGGAGUGGGAACACGCGCGCCGCGUGGCCCAGAACCUCCCGCGGUGCUCGGCGGCCAGACUGUUUUGCCAAACCAUGGCAUCUGGAGGCGACAGUCCUGUCUUUGAAGAUGAUGAAAGCCCUCCUUAUAGCCUGGAAAAAAUGACAGAUCUCGUAGCCGUUUGGGAUGUUGCUUUAAGUGACGGAGUCCAUAAAAUUGAGUUUGAACAUGGGACCACCUCAGGCAAACGAGUGGUAUAUGUAGAUGGGAAGGAAGAGGUAAGAAAAGAAUGGAUGUUCAAACUAGUGGGCAAAGAAACCUUCUGCGUUGGAGCUGCAAAGACGAAAGCAACCAUAAAUAUAGAUGCUGUCAGUGGAUUUGCAUAUGAGUAUACUCUGGAAAUUAAUGGGAAAAGUCUCAAGAAGUAUAUGGAGAACAGGUCAAAAACCACCAAUACUUGGGUAUUACAUUUGGAUGGUGAGGACUUUAGAGUUGUGUUGGGUAAGUGAGUGCCGUUUCUGCAGAAUUUAUUGGCUUUUUAUG